AUGUUCCUGCGGGACAACGAGCUGGCCCAUGGGGGUCGGCGGGGCGACCGUGCUCGUGUGCUGCAGCUGGCGAGGGAGCAGCGAGAGGCACGGGGUCGACGGAAGGAUCAGGAGACAGCAGCAAGACAUCUGCAGGCUUUUGUGCGUGGGCGUCUGGCUGCACGACGCCUGCGGACACACUCUCGCGCCGAAUUUGAUCAGAAACUGGGCGAUAUCGCGAAGUUGAAGGUUAUUUUGCAACUUCCCAGCAUGCCUUUGCCUUACGACGCGCUGUUUGAGUUGCUGCGUUUGGUACUGUCUUUCUACACCGGAAGCGAGGGAGACACUGAGAGGCUGCUGGAAUUGAGCUCGUUGCUUUUAGACACGCUGGCUGCUUCUUCGGAUGGAAUCAAAGAGAGCGAGGAGAAGCAGCGCGACUGGCAGCUGCGACGCCUCGUUGACUUGUGUUUGCAAUGUAGCUCUCCCUCGUCGUCCUCAGUAGAAGUACGUGUAGGGUUCAAAGUGGUGCGAGUAUUGAUGGAAAAGCUGCCAGAGAUACAACAGUACUUGCUCUCGGGGCGGUUGACUGUGCUUCGCCCGCAACAAGCUCGGAAGCUGCUCUACAACGACAUGCCGACAGCUUCAGUGACGCAAAUUGUCCGACAGCAAUUGAUAUUGGCACGAGGUCAGCUCCCGAUGUCUUCCUGUGUAAAGGAGACUCCGUAUUGCAACGCUUUGAUGGAUUUUGUGGUGCAUCUUCUUACUGCAACAAGUGGAAUUCUUGAGGCAUUUGUGAUGGAGGUAAGUGGGCGAUGCCUGACUGUCUUUUCAGUGCCGCUGUUGAACCAAGUGGUAGCAACUGAUCGACUUCUCCAACUCACGAACUUGUCGCUGUGGAAUCGACUGCUUAGUGCGGGACUGCACUUGUCAGUAUUUGACUUCCCCGCCUCGCCAGUCACUGGAAUUGCGUCUGAAGCCUGGUUUCUAGGGAACAUUCUUUGGAUUUCUGACCGUGUGGAGGGUAAAACCGACGCUAUCGUGUUAAAUGAGGUCCAGCUGCUGUCGAAGCUGCUUCAAUCAGUGCCACCCGCAACGUACGCUGCUUCGGGAGUGGCUGUCACGUGGACAAAAGUGUCCGAGUCUCACUCCGUGCCCGUGGUUUUCCCUGAAGCUCUGAGCGAGCAGCUACAAAUUCUGGUUAACGACCAGUACCUCCGCUCAAUGUGUAACCACCUCAUUUCUUUUGCCCCAAGCGCUCUUCGCCAUCCACUGGCCACGCAACGACCGAUACCGAUGUAUCCUGAAGCUCCGACAAUUGCGGAACAAUUUGGCUUCGGUGACAUCGCAUCGGCAACUUCGCUGUCAACGUCACUUUCGGUGACGUGGCAGAAGAUGAAAUCAAUCGGCAAGGCGACGUGGGCUCGGAAUUUGUUCGAAAAAGCAGGACUACGACGUCGACGAGAGGGCGAUCAAGAGAGCCACAGUGUCGGUGAAGCUGCUCAGCUGCAGAAUACUUCCAGACAAGCGCGCCAGAUUGCUGUGAGCGGGGUUGAUAGCUCGGGCCCUUUCGUGUUGGACAACAUUAAGGCUCUGUCGUGUCUGUGCGGGACAUUCCUCUUUCGGUGGGGGGAUGAUGGCGGGAAGCGGCAGUCGUACGCAUUGCGUUUACUCAACACGCUGGCUUUCUAUCACGUCGAAGUUGUCGAGAGCGACGAAGAUGAUGUAGCGCAGAACGUAUCUCUGGUUCAAAUGCUGUGGUGUGUACUGCAAGACAUUAGGAAUUUCGAAGACUUUGCCAAGAAUGUGGAUUUGAUUCAUGCGCGUAGUUCGGACCCGUAUGUCUGCAUGUUGGUGCUGUUUUGUAUGCUGUACGAGCACCUUCUGGUUGUCAUGGAUGAUGAGGAGAUGUACGGGCAAGAGUAUCCGUUGCCUCUUUGCCAGAUCGAACGCAUUGUUCUGAGUCUGAAGCAUGCGCUUCAUGAGGCGUAUUGGAAUUACGCCAACCUUGCGCCAUCAUCCGAAUCCGUCGCGUUUGGCAUGUUUGUUGUCGAAAUGGCGACGCGUUUGAUGCGAGUUCUCUACAAUCGAUGUUCUCGUCAGCCUUUUUGCAACGUCACGAGCUGCUCGAUAGCAAUCAGUUGA